GAGCCUUGAACCUCUAUUAUAUAUGUUCCCAUAAUCCGUCCCUAACCAGUCCCAGAAUAGCAAGUAAUGGAUCCGUAUGAAUCCCACAUCCAUAAACAUGACCUCCCAAAAUACAACAAGAAGAGGCUAACCACAGACCAAGCAAGGCUCCUAGAAUCAAGCUUCAACGUCACCAAGCACCUCGAUCCGGAUCGAAAAUCGCAACUUGCCCAGCAACUUGGUCUCCCUUCUAGGCAAGUCGCGAUAUGGUACCAGAACAAGCGCGCCCGGUGGAAGAACCAGAGCCUCGAGUCAGAUUUCAACGCCCAAAAGACGAAACUGGAGAGCGUCUUGGCAGAGAACAAGAGGUUGGAUAGAGAAGUUGAGAGGCUUCGGAAAGAGUUGGAUAAGGCCCAGGAGUUGUUGGUUUCUUUGAACGUUAACAACAAUCAUGUCUAUAACUCCUCUGUUUCGGCACUUUCGAAUUCUUGCGAUGAAGUUGGGAGCUCAAGUUUGGACAGGGAGUUUUAUGAGUGUUUGAUUGGUGGGGAAGGGCAGUUUGGGAAGCCUGAGAGUCACAAUUUCUUUGCUUCAUCUUUAUCACUGUAG